CUUAAAAAGAAUUAAAACAUACUCCCUCCGUCCAAGAAUAAUCUUCCUACUCUACCUUUUUUCCCGUCCGAAAAAAAUCUUCCUACUCUACGUUUUCAUACCCUCUCUUCCAAAAAUACCCCUCUCAUUAAAUCUCACCCAUUAUUCCUAACUACACCCCUCCCCCCUCAUUGAAUGUAUCGUCAACCGUCCUCAUUCACUCCUCCCCUCUCCCUAUCUUAUCCGAUCACAAUCUCCAUAUCCUCCUCAAACCCUUCACAUCUUCCGAUCUGAACUCUUCAUUUUCUCUAUCUCCAAACUCAACUGCUUCGUCUCCUAGAUCUGCAAUGGAUUCGUACGAUUUGCGCUUCGAAUCCAUUAUCCCGGAGACACAAUUUGAGGAUAUUGGAAUUGAUGAUGGGGAUUUCAUCUAUGACAAGGUGGAGGACGAGGUCAUCGUCAUCGCCAGCGACGACGAUAUGGCCGAUGUUGCCCCGGUCAGAGAGAGGAAGGACGCUGUCCUUCUUGAAUCUCAGGAAGACACUGUUUUUAUUCUUGGGAGGGAGGAGCCUAACUUCAUUGUUCUAGACGGUGAUAUUGAUGAUGCUGAUUGGCCGCCUGGACAUCGGGAUGAAAAAAGGAAGAGGAAUAAAGCUGAAUGUGAAAGGAUUGUUGAAAAGAUUAGGAAGACAAAGAUGGAGAAGAAAGGGGAGUAGUGCUGGGUGUUACUGUAAUAAUCUUGGGGAGGGGGU